AUGUACGCGAAGUGUUUCUCAUAUCUCCAGCCCAGCGGCAGGAGUACAGUCCCAGGGUCAGGCGGGCAUGCUGUCAUGACCAGUCUUGUAGGCCCAAAUGUAACGUGCAACGUAUCAGGGAUAGAAGUACCCUUACUUUCUUCCUGUGAAAAUGGAGUUCCAGCAAACUACAGUCAAGAAUGCAACUUUUCUUGUCAAACUAGUCAUAAGCUAUCUGGGCCAUCAUCUGUGGUCUGCACAUACUCUGGACAUUUCUCAGAACCAUUUCCCGAAUGCGAGAUUGUAACAUGCAACGUAUCAUCGAUAGAAGACCCCUUACUUUCAUCGUGUGAAAAUGGAUUUCCAGUAAACUACAGUCAAGAAUGCACCUUUUCUUGUCAAACUGGUUAUGAACUGAUUGGGCCAUCAUCUGUUAACUGCACAAGCACCGGAUAUUUCUCUGAACCAUUUCCCGAAUGUCAGGACAUAUUUAUAACAGCACCCCACGAAAGUGUGUGUCUCAGCAACGGACAAUCGUGUAACUGCAAUGCAUCUCCCCCGCCCUUCUAUGUUCCAAAGCUUUCAUACGGUGUUGUAGGCCCAAAUGUAACGUGCAACGUAUCAGGGAUAGAAGUACCCUUACUUUCUUCCUGUGAAAAUGGAGUUCCAGCAAACUACAGUCAAGAAUGCAACUUUUCUUGUCAAACUAGUCAUAAGCUAACUGGGCCAUCAUCUGUGGUCUGCACAAGCACUGGACAUUUCUCGGAACCAUUUCCCGAAUGCGAGAUUGUAACAUGCAACGUAUCAUCGAUAGAAGACCCCUUACUUUCAUCGUGUGAAAAUGGAUUUCCAGUAGUCUACAGUCAAGAAUGCACCUUUUCUUGUCAAACUGGUUAUGAACUGAUUGGGCCAUCAUCUCUUAACUGCACAAGCAACGGAUAUUUCUCUGAACCAUUUCCCGAAUGUCAGGACAUAUUUAUAACAGCACCCCACGAAAGUGUGUGUUUCAGUAACGGACAAUCGUGUAACUGCAAUGCAUCUCCCCCGCCCUUCUAUGUUCCAAAGCUUUCAUACGGUGUUGUAGGCCAAAAUGUAACGUGCAACGUAUCAGGGAUAGAAGUACCCUUACUUUCUUCCUGUGAAAAUGGAGUUCCAGCAAACUACAGUCAAGAAUGCAACUUUUCUUGUCAAACUAGUCAUAAGCUAACUGGGCCAUCAUCUGUGGUCUGCACAAGCACUGGACAUUUCUCGGAACCAUUUCCCGAAUGCGAGAUUGUAACAUGCAACGUAUCAUCGAUAGAAGACCCCUUACUUUCAUCGUGUGAAAAUGGAUUUCCAGUAGUCUACAGUCAAGAAUGCACCUUUUCUUGUCAAACUGGUUAUGAACUGAUUGGGCCAUCAUCUCUUAACUGCACAAGCAACGGAUAUUUCUCUGAACCAUUUCCCGAAUGUCAGCACAUAUUUAUAACAGCACCCCACGAAAGUGUGUGUUUCAGUAACGGACAAUCGUGUAACUGCAAUGCAUCUCCGCCGCCCUUCUAUGUUCCAAAGCUUUCAUACGGUGUUGUAACAUGCAACGUAUCAUCGAUAGAAGACCCCUUACUGUCAUCGUGUGAAAAUGGAUUGCCAGUAAACUACAGUCAAGAAUGCACCUUUUCUUGUCAAACUGGUUAUAAACUGAUAGGGCCAUCAUCUGUUAACUGCACAAGCACCGGAUAUUUCUCUGAACCAUUUCCCAAAUGUCAGGACAUAUUUAUAACAGCACCCCACGAAAGUGUGUGUCUCAGUAACGGACAAUCGUGUAACUGCAAUGCAUCUCCCCCGCCCUUCUAUGUUCCAAAGCUUUCAUACGGUGUUGUAGGCCCAAAUGUAACGUGCAACGUAUCAGGGAUAGAAGUACCCUUACUUUCUUCCUGUGAAAAUGGAGUUCCAGCAAACUACAGUCAAGAAUGCAACUUUUCUUGUCAAACUAGUCAUAAGCUAACUGGGCCAUCAUCUGUGGUCUGCACAAGCACUGGACAUUUCUCGAUACCAUUUCCCGAAUGCGAGAUUGUAACAUGCAACGUAUCAUCGAUAGAAGACCCCUUACUUUCAUCGUGUGAAAAUGGAUUUCCAGUAAUCUACAGUCAAGAAUGCACCUUUUCUUGUCAAACUGGUUAUGAACUGAUUGGGCCAUCAUCUCUUAACUGCACAAGCAACGGAUAUUUCUCUGAACCAUUUCCCGAAUGUCAGUACAUAUUUAUAACAGCACCCCACGAAAGUGUGUGUUUCAGUAACGGACAAUCGUGUAACUGCAAUGCAUCUCCCCCGCCCUUCUAUGUUCCAAAGCUUUCAUACGGUGUUGUAGGCCCAAAUGUAACGUGCAACGUAUCAGGGAUAGAAGUACCCUUACUUUCUUCCUGUGAAAAUGGAGUUCCAGCAAACUACAGUCAAGAAUGCAACUUUUCUUGUCAAACUAGUCAUAAGCUAACUGGGCCAUCAUCUGUGGUCUGCACAAGCACUGGACAUUUCUCGGAACCAUUUCCCGAAUGCGAGAUUGUAACAUGCAACGUAUCAUCGAUAGAAGACCCCUUACUUUCAUCGUGUGAAAAUGGAUUUCCAGUAAUCUACAGUCAAGAAUGCACCUUUUCUUGUCAAACUGGUUAUGAACUGAUUGGGCCAUCAUCUCUUAACUGCACAAGCAACGGAUAUUUCUCUGAACCAUUUCCCGAAUGUCAGGACAUAUUUAUAACAGCACCCCACGAAAGUGUGUGUUUCAGUUACGGACAAUCGUGUAACUGCAAUGCAUCUCCCCCGCCCUUCUAUGUUCCAAAGCUUUCAUACGGUGUUGUAGGCCCAAAUGUAACGUGCAACGUAUCAGGGAUAGAAGUACCCUUACUUUCUUCCUGUGAAAAUGGAGUUCCAGCAAACUACAGUCAAGAAUGCAACUUUUCUUGUCAAACUAGUCAUAAGCUAACUGGGCCAUCAUCUGUGGUCUGCACACGCUCUGGACAUUUCUCAGAACCAUUUCCCGAAUGCGAGAUUGUAACAUGCAACGUAUCAUCGAUAGAAGACCCCUUACUUUCAUCGUGUGAAAAUGGAUUUCCAGUAAUCUACAGUCAAGAAUGCACCUUUUCUUGUCAAACUGGUUAUGAACUGAUUGGGCCAUCAUCUCUUAACUGCACAAGCAACGGAUAUUUCUCUGAACCAUUUCCCGAAUGUCAGGACAUAUUUAUAACAGCACCCCACGAAAGUGUGUGUUUCAGUAACGGACAAUCGUGUAACUGCAAUGCAUCUCCCCCGCCCUUCUAUGUUCCAAAGCUUUCAUACGGUGUUGUAGGCCAAAAUGUAACGUGCAACGUAUCAGGGAUAGAAGUACCCUUACUUUCUUCCUGUGAAAAUGGAGUUCCAGCAAACUACAGUCAAGAAUGCAAUUUUUCUUGUCAAACUAGUCAUAAGCUAACUGGGCCAUCAUCUGUGGUCUGCACAAGCACUGGACAUUUCUCGGAACCAUUUCCCGAAUGCGAGAUUGUAACAUGCAACGUAUCAUCGAUAGAAGACCCCUUACUUUCAUCGUGUGAAAAUGGAUUUCCAGUAAUCUACAGUCAAGAAUGCACCUUUUCUUGUCAAACUGGUUAUGAACUGAUUGGGCCAUCAUCUCUUAACUGCACAAGCAACGGAUAUUUCUCUGAACCAUUUCCCGAAUGUCAGGACAUAUUUAUAACAGCACCCCACGAAAGUGUGUGUUUCAGUAACGGACAAUCGUGUAACUGCAAUGCAUCUCCCCCGCCCUUCUAUGUUCCAAAGCUUUCAUACGGUGUUGUAGGCCAAAAUGUAACGUGCAACGUAUCAGGGAUAGAAGUACCCUUACUUUCUUUCUGUGAAAAUGGAGUUCCAGCAAACUACAGUCAAGAAUGCAAUUUUUCUUGUCAAACUAGUCAUAAGCUAACUGGGCCAUCAUCUGUGGUCUGCACAAGCACUGGACAUUUCUCGGAACCAUUUCCCGAAUGCGAGAUUUUAACAUGCAACGUAUCAUCGAUAGAAGACCCCUUACUUUCAUCGUGUGAAAAUGGAUUUCCAGUAGUCUACAGUCAAGAAUGCACCUUUUCUUGUCAAACUGGUUAUGAACUAAUUGGGCCAUCAUCUGUUAACUGCACAAGCACCGGAUAUUUCUCUGAACUAUUUCCCAAAUGUCAGGAUAUCAACGAAUGUGCAUCGAACCCCUGUAUACGUGGGACCUGUGUGGAUGGUAUCAACUCUUACACUUGUGAUUGUCCUGAAAAUUACACUGGAACAAAUUGUGAGUGUUCUACAAAUGACUCGCAUUGCCCCUCAGAAGAUAUUAACGAAUGUUCAUCAGAACCCUGUAUGAAUGGUGGGACCUGUGUGGAUGGUAUCAACUCUUACACUUGCAAUUGUCCUGUCGAAUACACUGGAACGAAAUGUGAGUGUUCUACAAAUGACUCGAAUUGCCCCUCAGAAGCAUUGAUGGAGGGUAAUUUCAUGGGUGAAAACGUUGUAAGUAAACGUGCAGCUAUUCCUAUUGGUUCAUCAGCCGUUCAAAACCUACAGGACAGGAUUGUGAAUGCGUUGGAAAGCCUACCAGAAGUUAUCAGUGUAAACGGAACUGCUAUUUCGGCAAAUGAUGACGUCAUUGGUUUUAUUACAGCAAGGAUCAGACUCGAUGUUACCUUUAAUGGUGACCUAACAAUUCAACAGUUGACACCAUUCCUGAUAUCUGCUAUUGAGGAUUCCGGGAUUACCGUUCAGAGCCUUGGGCUACUGACUAACCCCUGUUCCCUGGGAAAUCCAUGUAUUGAUGGAUCUACAUGCGAGAGGGUCGACGAUACCUCUGCAGAAGUCCGCUGCAUACAAAAUAUGGUCACAACAGACACACCGGACACUGCCACAGUGCUCAUUAUCGGCCUUCCCAUAAUCGCCAUCCUGACCAUUUUCAUUGUCGUUGCCACGUGUUUCGUUUGCUUCGCUGUCCGCCGGAAGAGAUGGGAGAUGCAGCAAACGAAUGGUGGUUCUUCUUAUGGAAUACCGGGCUACUUCGGACGGCCACCAGGGGGGUAUGAACGUCCUCGACCGCGAAGAUACCCAAUGGACAAUACACUUUCACAGCGUCGCAUUUCUGGAAGGGCAGGUCGGAGGCGAAGCAGGAGUGUCGGCCCCGUGUUCCCGGCGCACACCGACCCUCGGUUGUUGCACGAAAUGAACGUCAAGCUUGAGAUGGGAUUAGAUUCUGGCAUGGAAGACGACGCAUCUCCCGGCUUUAAGUAUCACUACGCGGUGGACGACAAUGGGUUCUCGUACGGAAACCGAACCGGUGGUUACCAUGGUUACUUAACAAACGGGCCCUACCAACAUGGCGCCACGAACAGGAGCGAACAGCGUAAAGGCUACAAUGGAACACUGGACACGUACUUCUGACCGGGCUCCAAAGACAUCACUUACUCCACAUCUUCAACGAUACACGAUAAGUGAAUGUAGUGUAUAUAACCGCGAAUUAGGCGCAUUUACACCUCAUGCGAUAGUCGAUCAUAAUCCUUUCGGAGCAGACGCAACGCCCUGUCGAUACAGACCAAUGAUUUGGACAGUUUUUAACUGGGCGUGUGUGUGCUGGAAUUGGAAGAAAUUAACAGGGCCCUAUCCACGGAGGAUUAUUCUAUCGUAAAUGGGGGUGCUGAGCAAUGUCACAGCACCCCCAGUAACAAUAGAUAAUCCUCCGUGGCCAGGUCCAUGAAAAUGAAUGUUUAUGAAAAUGAAAAAAAUGAAAAAAUGAAAUGUUGGUGGUGUUGCUGAAGAUGAAUCGUGAAGAUAACGAAUGAUAAAACUGAUG